GUGGUGUGGCGGUGGUCUUGCCUCAGUAUUAUCAGCAGAAGAGCAGUUCAUUCUUGGAGGCUUUUCAUUCUGUAGCACUAACUGGCGACCUCAAGCUCGGACAAGUUUCGCUGCAGACAGCUCACGCCGUAUUAGGCCGCUCGGCGUAUGACUUCACGAAAAACCGGCUACAGCGUGUCUUUGGCGAAUCGUCG